GUUAGUGAGGGGUGUAAUGAAUGUGAACGUGAAUAUGAGAGUGGGAAUUCAUACAGGACGUGUUCACUGCGGAGUUUUGGGACUCAGAAAAUGGCAGUUCGAUGUUUGGUCUAAUGACGUCACAUUAGCGAAUUAUAUGGAAAGUGGAGGCAUACCAGGACGUGUGCACAUUACCAAGGAGACACUGAAAUGCUUAGGAAAUGACUAUACCAUCGAGCCAGGGCACGGAGAAGACAGAAAUGCCUACUUGAAAGAGCACAAGAUCGAAACGUACCUCAUUAUCGCACCUUCGUAUAGAGGGGUGAGUUAAUUAGUCUAUUUAACUAAUUUGUCUGUCAGUUUAUUGUACCAGCGUAAGCCGG